UUCUCCUUGAACACGAAUCCUUCACUAUGUUUACAAAGAUAAACAGAAAACCAGUCUGAACUAGUGAUGGUGAAAUCGAAGCUUCAUGAAGCAGUGAACCACUUUGACACAACUGCUUGAAGACUGACACACUGCUUCGAAGCAUUUGAUACAGCCAGAGAGUCAUGUAAGAGUUUAACCAGCACACACUGAGGGAGGCUGAAGUAAUGAGUCUGCAGGGGGAGACGAGGACUGUUCAUUGAAAAGAAAGAGGGGAAACAAAACGUGCAGCAGCAGGAUUCUAACUUAUUCUAACUUAUGUCAAAGGAGUAAAGUAUGUCCUAGAAAAUGUUGUGGAUUUUGAUUCAGUGGAAACAAAAUGUGUUUUUCACACCUGCAUAUGUGUCAGCAGCUUCUUUAUAUUGUUUUUUGUCACCAUGUCCACCACAACUGCUUUUCAUGUCAAUUUACGAAGCAAUAAUGACCUCAGAGUGAAGACAGAGUUCACCCAGGAGCUUUGGAUAUAUUUGAAAAGAAGAUCAAUAAAUAAGGACAGACUGACAAACUGGACAGAAGAUUAACUUCUGUUAUAGAUGUUUUCAGUACUUCUCUGGUUCCAUCUUCCAUUUAAAAUGUUUUAAUAUUUAAAGAAAGCAACAUUAAGUUAGAUAUAAUAACAUCUAAACGUACUUCCGGUAGAAAUUUCAAAUUAAAAUAAGCCGCUCUAAUGGCGAGAUGUUUGUAAGUGAGGACGGUCACAGUAGUCAGUGUUUAAUGACUUCCUCCGUCGGCAAUAAACUCAAAGUGAUGGCUAACGAUUAAAAAUAUAAACUCUGCAGAGUCAAUGUCUUCAUUAUCUGAAAAACGUUGUAAAGAUAAUCUCUUUCUAGCUUCCGUUCUUCCUCUGCUGAAAACCUGACAUUUGAAUGUGAGUCUGUGUCGCCGCCUGGCGGACAAACUGGAAACUACAACAACAGAAAUCCAUCAUGGCGGCGGCCACAAGGCUCAUAUCAAGGUUGACGCUGGUCACUGGAGGAGGCAGUGGGAUUGGACGGGCGGUCUGCCAGCGUUUUGCCUCUGAAGGCGCCUCCGUGGUGGUCGCUGACGUCAGUGAGGAGUCGGCCAAUGAGACGCUGGGGAGCCUGUCAGGUGACCUGAGAGGUCAGGUUCACAUGGCGGCUGUGGUGGACGUGUCCUCGAAGGAGAGCAUAAAGAAGCUGGUAACAAGUAUACAGGUGUGA